UCCAUUGCAAUCAAAAAAUGCUGUUACUCUAGUUCUUCAAAAUUCCAUCUGAAGGUCUCGAAAUUUCUCUCGAAGAAGGAAAAAAUGGGGAUUCCCCACCGAAUCUUGUUUUCUCUCUUUGCCCUUCUCUUGAUCUCACCGACGGAAUUGUCGGUGGUGACAGCGAUGGCGGCUGCAAACAUCAAAGAAGAAACUACGAACUUGUCCUUACUGGCUGCGAAAAGGAAAGAUCAGAUUGCAUGCACAAUGUGCUCCGCCUGCGACAAUCCUUGCAACCAAGUCUUCUCCCCGCCACCACCAUCUCCUCCGCCGCCGUCGUCUCCACCACCACCCUCCUCAUCCGGCUCUGAGUGCCCACCACCGCCAUCGCCGCCCAGUUCCGGUUCCGGCUCCGGCACUUACUACUACUCGCCACCACCUCCCUCGCAGCCCACGACAAGCUAUGCCUAUCCGCCGCCUCCAGGUGGGGCAAUAGGAGGUGGUGUCUAUCCUCCGCCGACGAGUUACUACCCGGCGCCACCACCCCCGAACCCAAUCGUACCGUACUUCCCCUUCUACUAUCAUAAUCCUCCGCCUGCUGGCACGUCAAAUUCCGUCCAAUUGAAAGCUCCCGUUGUGUUUUCGACUACAGUCAUUCUUUUCUUUCUGUACUUUUCCUUUUAGAAGAUCCCACUACAAAUAAUAACUCUUAGAUUUGCAGAUCUACAAAUCAGUCAAUUAGAAGAGAGAGAGAUUAAUGACAGAGAGAGAGAGAGAGAGAGAGAGA